GGAUCCACGCGGUUUGAAAGUGAGUGGUGCUGAAGGAAUGGCGGCGUCCGGAGUUGCUGCGGGUGGUGGCCAUUGGUUUUCGGCUUUGGCGCUCGGGGUCACCUUCCUCAAAUGCCUUCUCAUUCCUACCUACCAUUCCACAGAUUUUGAAGUACACCGAAACUGGCUUGCUAUCACUCACAGUUUGCCAAUAUCCCAGUGGUAUUAUGAGUCAACUUCAGAGUGGACCUUGGAUUAUCCUCCCUUUUUUGCUUGGUUUGAGUAUGUCCUGUCACAUGUUGCCAAAUAUUUUGAUGAAGAGAUGCUUAAUGUAUAUAAUCUGAACUACUUCAACUCAAGGACCUUACUCUUCCAGAGAUUUUCUGUCAUCUUUACAGAUGCACUCUUUGUGUAUGCUGUUCACGAGUGCUGUAAAUGCAUUAAUGGAAAAAGAGCAAGUAAAGAACUUACGGAGAAGCCGAAGUUUAUUCUGUCAGUGUUACUGCUAUGGAACUUCGGGUUGUUAAUUGUGGACCAUAUCCAUUUCCAGUACAAUGGGUUUUUAUUUGGAUUAAUGCUACUCUCCAUUGCACGGUUGUUCCAGAAAAGGCAUAUGGAAGGAGCAUUUCUCAUUGCCACCCUUCUCCACUUCAAGCACAUCUACCUCUAUGUAGCACCGGCCUAUGGUGUAUAUCUGCUGCGAUCUUACUGUUUCAUUUCAAGCAAACCAGAUGGCUCUGUCCAGUGGAACAGUUUCAGUUUUGUCCGUGUUUUUUCCCUGGGACUGAUUGUCUUCCUAGUGUCUGCUCUUUCAUUGGGUCCUUUCCUAGCUUUGAACCAGCUGCCUCAAUUGUUUUCCCGACUCUUUCCUUUCAAGAGAGGCCUCUGCCAUGCAUACUGGGCUCCAAACUUCUGGGCUCUUUACAAUGCUUUGGACAAAGUGCUGUCCAUCAUCGGUUUGGAAUUGAAUCUUCUCAACCCCAAUAAGAUCCCCAAGGCCUCAAUGACUAGUGGCUUGGUUCAGCAGUUUCAGCACACGGUCCUGCCCUCAGUCACACCCUUGGCAACCCUCAUCUGCACCCUGAUUGCCAUGCUGCCCUCUAUUUUCUGUCUUUGGUUUAAACCCCAAGGGCCCAGAGGCUUCCUUCGAUGCCUAAUUCUCUGUGCCUUGAGCUCCUUCAUGUUUGGGUGGCAUGUCCAUGAAAAAGCGAUUCUCCUUGCAAUUCUCCCAAUGAGCCUCUUAUCCGUGGAAAAAGCAGGAGAUGCUUCAAUUUUUUUGAUUCUGACCACAACAGGACAUUACUCUCUCUUCCCUCUGCUCUUCACUGCACCAGAGCUUCCCAUUAAAAUCUUACUCAUGGUACUGUUCACCAUUUACAGUGUUUAUUCACUGAAGACACUAUUCAGAAAAGAAAAAGCUCUCUUAAACUGGACUGAAACUUUGUACCUCCUUGGCCUAGUGCCGCUGGAAGUCUGUUGUGAAUUCCUGUUCCCUUUUACCUCUUGGAAGCUGAGGUAUCCUUUUAUCCCUUUGUUACUGACCUCAGGAUACUGUGCAGUGGGCAUCACAUACGCAUGGUUUAGGCUGUACUGCUCAGUGUUGAUUGGCCCUUUCAUCGGCAAGACAAAGAAGCACUAAAUAAAGGAACUGCUUGGAUGUACGCCAAGCAAUUACUUCAUGGGAAAUUAAUCAGAACCUGAAGAAAGUUGCCAGUGGCAUGAGCCAUUCAUUUCAGUAGAUCUGUUCAGAGGACCAUUUUUCCACAUUUGGCCUUGCCCAGCCUAGCAACCUGAUUGUUGCCAUGGUGAGAAGCCAUUUGCCCUCUACAUGCACUGGAACACAUCUGAAAAAACUUCAACCUUUCCUUGUGAAAGUUCUCUGAGAUCAUUCA